AUUCUCUUUCUCGCCAAAACUGAUAACGAAUUACCCGGUUUCUGUUUGUGACCUUUUUUGACCGAAUGAUAUUUUAAGUUUUCUCGUUUGGGCUGCUUGCUAGCUGUUCCAUUAAACAGGACAUAUUUUGUCUAGUUAUAUUGCAAUUAACGCCAGCACAUGACAAGGACGCCAGCCUUUCGUUUGCUCAACACAAUAGACUGCCAUUGGAAUCUCAGCAGCCUCACAAGGAAAGCGUUUACAAAAAAUAUCUCGAGAUCAAAGUCACAUAAAACAGAAAUGUCCCUGAACGAAGCCAAGCGCACGGCCGCACAUCGCGCAGUGGACGAUUGGGUUAUAACCAACACAGCUGUGGGUAUUGGAAGUGGUUCUACUGUAGUGUUUGCUGUGGAACGCCUUGCAGAGCGGGUACAUAAGGAGGGUUUGAAUGUGGUAUGUGUGCCGACAAGCUUUCAGGCGCGCCUAUUGAUUUUGGAGCAUAACCUGACACUCGGUGAUUUGGACCGUAAUCCCAAACUGGCAGUGGCAAUCGAUGGCGCUGAUGAAGUGGAUCGUAACAUGAUACUUAUCAAAGGUGGAGGAGGUUGUUUGUUGCAAGAAAAGAUUGUUGCUUCUUGCGCCGAAGACUUGGUGGUGAUCGCAGAUUACACAAAAAAUUCGGAACAUUUGGGAGACCAAUACAAGAAGGGUAUUCCUAUCGAAGUAGUGCCUAUGGCUUACGUACCUAUUAGAGAACGUAUUGCAGAUAAGUUUGGUGGCGAACUGAAGUUACGUAUGGCUGUAGCAAAAGCUGGGCCAUGUGUUACAGAUAAUGGAAAUUUUAUCUUGGAUUGGAACUUUCCGCGAAAGUGCGAUUUUGACUGGGCAAAGGUGGACAAGGAAUUGCUGCAAAUACCCGGUGUAGUUGAAACAGGAUUAUUCGUAAAUAUGGCAACUAAAGCAUACUUCGGUAUGGCGGAUGGUAGCGUAAAGACACAGGAAAAAUAAAUUUCAAAAGAGAUUUUCUACACUCUGGAAACAGCCUACGGAUUUAUAAACUAGUAUUAAGCAGUCCUUAUAGAUUUACGAUUUUUUUUUUUUAAUUUUUGACACAUUUUGAUUCCUAUAAUAUUAGUAACACAGCGUUGGUUAAGUUAAUCGUGUUUUUUUAUAUUUCAUUUACAAAUGUAAUAAAUAAUUCAAUUACCAA